CAGGGCUCCCCGGGCUCCUGGGACGGCAGUUGCCCGCCCAAUUCGUGCAAUGGGCUCCGAGGCGGCACGGCUGCUGGAGGCUGCAGACUUCGCGGCUCGCAAGCACGGACAGCAGCGGCGGAAGGACCCCGAAGGGACCCCCUACAUCAACCACCCUAUCGGUGUGGCUCGGAUCCUGACCCAUGAGGCGGGAGUCACUGACAUUGUGGUGUUACAGGCAGCCCUGCUCCAUGACACCGUGGAGGACACGGACACCACCCUGGAUGAGGUGGAGCUGCACUUUGGGGCGCAAGUGCGCCGUCUGGUGGAGGAGGUAACAGAUGACAAGACUCUACCCAAGCUGGAGAGAAAGCGGCUGCAGGUGGAGCAGGCGCCCCACAGCAGCCCAGGGGCUAAACUGGUGAAGCUGGCAGACAAGCUGCACAAUCUGAGGGACCUGAAUCGCUGCACCCCAAAGGGAUGGUCCGAACAGCGAGUCCAGGAAUACUUCGAAUGGGCAGCACAGGUGGUGAAGGGGCUUCAGGGAACAAACCGGCAGCUGGAAGAGGCUCUAAAGCAGCUGCUUAAGGAGCGGGGGCUGACACUCUAAG